AUGUCUGGUCCCUCGCUCUCGAGCCUCUCCCACAUUCUCGAUCCUCCGCGUCCGAACCCCGAUCCCACUUCCGCUCCGAACACUGCUUCGGCUCCGGUUCAUUUUGCUUCGUCUCAGUCGUAUCCGCCUCCGCCUUCUGUUGGGCUCAGUGUGAGGCCCUUCAACCCCGCUGCCAUCGGACAACCCUCGUCUGCGCCCACCACCACGCCUCCUAAUCCGGCUUCAGCCGCGCCUGGUUCUGCUGUGAACAGAGCGCACACAGGGCCAUCUCUCUACGCCUGCGGGGACUGUGGGCGCCGUUACUCAAGACCUGAGCAUCUUCAGCGUCAUGUCCAGACGCACACUCUUGGCCGUCGCUUCGCCUGCGGUGUCUGCGGCAAGACGUUUGCGCGCGCGGAUCUGAAGAAGCGGCACGAGACAAAUCACGAGAAUGACUCGUCCAAGAAGAGGCGCCGUGCCACAACCUCUCCGAGCGCUGGUCGUGUAACACACGCUUGCAAAGCAUGCGCUUCUGCCCGUGUCAAAUGUCAGGAAGAGAAGCCCUGCCAGAGAUGCGUUCGUCGGGGGUUGACGUGCGUCUCUGCAGAGGCUGGCUCAGCCGCCGCCAUGCAUUUGAUACAUUUAUCUGCCAACGGGCACUCAAGCACGCCCUACGGCGAUGAACGCGAAAAUACGAGCUUCUCCGCCGAUUAUCCAAUUGCUGGUAUGCCCGAUUCAACGCUGCAGGUCCACCACUCUGUUGAAAGAACCUCCCCGUUUGAACAGACUCCUCCAUUGAAUUCGGACUCUGGCCAACUAUCUACCCCAGAUACAGUUGGAGAUCACGCCAUUUCAGAUGGCUUGACACCCAAACUCGAGCCUGGCGCAGGGGGGCCAAUGCCCGUGGACCGCCUUCCCUUCUGCGACUUCCUCCGAGAUGUGUUGUACGAACAACAACAGUUUGACCAUUCUACCAAAAUGGCCGAGAACCAAGGACUUGCUGUCUUGAACUUUUGUGAUGACAGCAACCUGGAGCUCUCGGACAUGGAUUUUGGCCUGCUGGAUCACUGGAAUACCGAUGGCAUGACUGACACCUUGCCGGUCCAACAGGAGACCCCUGAAACGGACAACUCUGUCGAUAUUGCACAGAUGCGUCAGAGUUUGGUCAAUGCUUGGGACGUGUCUCCCUGGAGAUGGGACCCCGUGGCCAACGACAACGCCUAUGGCGAGCAGGCAAAUCUGCCCGUCCCAAACAGAGAUGUUGCCAGCAUACAAGCCCAAGCGGCUAAGAAGGGACUGCAAAAAGUGGUUGACCAGAAACUGGAUCUGUCAUGCCGCGACCGAGUCUUGGCUGUGGUCUUGAGUGCGUGUCGACCAGACUCCAUGUCGAAUCGCAUAUCCUCGUCGUUUCCCUCGGCAGAUGUCAUGGAUACAAUGGUUCACAUCUUUCUCAACUCCCACACUAAUCAAGUAUCGGAAUGGAUACACUUUCCGACCUUCAAGCUCAACGAACAAGAGCCGGAAUGGAUAGCUGGUGCAGCAGUAGGUGGUGCCGUCUUGGCGCCAAUAUCGACACUACGCAAGUUUGGAUACGCUCUGCAAGAGUCCGUCCGCCUCGUUAUGCCCAACCGAUUUGAGAUGAACAAUGAGACAAUCUUGAAUAUAGGUCUAAUUCAAGCUAUCAUUCUUGGCCAAGACGCCGGUCUCUGGAGUGGGAAUCGACGAAAGAUGGAGAUUGCCGAAUGCCACGUCAACAUUCCCGUCACAAUGAUGCGAUAUCGUGGCAAGCUUCAGAGAUCCUCCUACCCUUUGAUUUCGGUCGACCCUGCAGAUGAAGGUGCCAUUCUAGAGCAGAAAUGGAGGAGCUGGAUCGAGUUGGAGAAGUGGAAACGACUUGUCUUUCACUGCUUCCUCCGAGAUAGCCAGCAGUCCAUGACAGCUUUGACGAACCCCGUCAUGUCUUACUCUGAGCUGACUCUUCCUCUACCAGCUGCCAAGGAGCUCUGGUAUGCCAAAACGGCAAAGGAAUGGAAAGGCAUCUACCUCGAGCGGGAGGCGGGACAGACUAAGAGGGCGCCAUCAGUAGGCGAUCUUCUUUAUGACGUGAACCUUCUUCCCGCGAACCGCCACCGUGUAGACGUGCAAUUCUCGACAGCAAUCUAUCUGCACGCAUUCUGGGCCCUCAUUCUCGAGUUCAGGUGUCUGAGCUCGGCCUGUAGAACGCGAACCUACACGACAAGCGCCAUCGGAGGCUACGGCUCACUGCUUGGCUCGCGGCACCAGCAACUGGUCCAGGAUCUUCAGGCCUUUCAGUCAACGACAGCCACCUGGCCUGAGAUUUCUGCGCAGGAGCGGCUGGUGCUCAACCAGCUCAUGAUGAACCUGCACGUGUCCCUGGAUGACCUUCAGCUCUUCGCGGGCAAGGAGGGAGAGGAUCAGGCACGGCGAGUCUAUCCGGUGCUACAGAAGUGGACUGAGACGACCGACUCUCGCGCAGCUGUUAGUUGCGCCGGCCAGGUUUUGCGAUUUGCGAAGCUAUUCCCAGCUGGUCAGUUGAAGAACUUUUAUGCAGUUGGGGUCCAUCACGCGGCGCUCGCCCUGUGGACUUAUGGUGUGGUGACCCGGGCUAGUCGUCGGCAAAACGCGACCUUGCCGCAGGAAAAGGUCUACCUCGAUGACCCAGAGUCGAUAGUGAUGCAGAGAUUCAUCACACUUGGGCAGGGUCGGCCUAUCAUCCGUGGACCCGCGGGACGUGAGGGAGCACCCGAAGCGGCGAUCGAGGAUCCAAAGACAAGUAUGGAAGCAGCAUACGAGGUGCUAAGGACCAACUUCUCAAACGGGCAAAGCACAGCUCCGGCCAUUGUCGAGAAUCUGUGUGUGUUGAUAAGGCAGCUGGGAAACGCUGCGUGGGCGGUUGGCCCGGCCCUCGUGGCCACCACCACAGUCCUGGCUACAGUCUCAUUCCUCGCACUCGCUCGUGCUCUUCUCUACCCUGCCCGCCCAAGCAGAAUCCGAAAUCCCCUCAGCGAGGGCGUCUACGCCAAGAGCCGUGCCGACGAGACCAGAGGCCUUGUCUACCAGCCGGAUCAGUUUCCCGGAGCCCGAGACGUGGAGACUCCGUAUGGGAGCAUACGAGUCUAUGAGUUUGGCCCUGAGGAUGGAGAAAAGGUCUUGUUUGUUCACGGCAUCAGCACCCCGUGUGUCACUCUUGCACCUUUGGCCAACGCUCUCGCCAAGCGAGGCUACCGUGUGAUGCUCUUUGAUCUCUUUGGCCGUGGAUUCUCAGAUGGUGUAGCUGACCUCCCCCAUGACGCCCGCCUCUACGUCUCCCAGAUGCUCCUCGCCCUGGCUUCGAGCCCCCUGGCCUGGACUGGUACCGGCGCCUUCCGUCUCAUCGGUUACUCCCUUGGUGGUGGCAUUGCCGUGCACUUUGCCAACGCCUUUCCUGGUCUGGUCCGAGAUCUUGUCCUUCUCGCUCCUGCGGGUCUCAUCCGUGCCGCCUCCUUUGGUCACGUCUCUCGCUUCCUCUUCCAAACUGGUCUGGUUCCGGAGCGUAUCCUCGCUGUAGCCACACGCCGACGACUCCAGCAGCCCAUCGCUGCCUCGGCAAGACAACCCGACAAGUCGGCCAUCGAGAGCAUCACCACUCCGACGCCCGUGGCCGUUGCUGAAGCCGAGGUCGUGCCCGCGUCUGGCGAGCGUGUUACGCCUCUGGAGCAGCGUGUGAUGGAGUACGUUCGUUGGCAGGUGGUCAAUCACCAUGGCUUCGUCCCCGCCUUCAUGUCGAGCAUUCGCUUUGCACCCCUGACUGAGCAGCACCAGGCGUGGGAGAAGCUAGCCGAGCGUGCCCCUGGCACCACUGCCAUCUUUCUGGCUGUUGCCGAUGAGAUCAUCAACGUUGAAGAUUACCGUCGGGAUGCGCUGCCUCUGGUUGGUGGUGAGGACAAUGUGCGCUGGCGUGUAUUGCCCGGCAGCCACGACUUUGUCAUGACGCACGUGGGGGAUAUUCUCCGAGAGAUUGAUGACAUGUGGCACGUCAAGGCAUAAUGGCUUUCAUGCAAGAUAUGGGUCAUGUUUCUUACCGUCAUUCGUCACAAGAGGAUUAGAUAUCAGGGGAACCUUUUAGAGAGGCGCCAGCAGGGAGUUGGGUAAUGAUUUUCCCCUGUUUUUCUCUUACCACUGGGGCAUUCUGAGGAUCUGAUGCAGAGCAGAGUAUAUGAACUUUUAGUCACCAAGGAAACGUCUUCUGCGAGACUUGCGGUGAUUUGAUGCCUUCGAUUAUCGUACAAUUCUUUCAACUCCC